AUGAAAAACUUACCAGCAGGUGGCAACAGAGCAUUUGUCACCUUGCUGGGCCUAGAUGUUUCAGUUUUUGUGGUAGUGCUAAAUAAACUGGGGCUAGUGUAUCGUUUAGCUUUGACCGAAGGAGAUGAGGGUCCUUUCCAGAGCUCUAUAACUGUGACUAAACUUGGAGAUAAUGUGACUCUGACAUGUAAAAUCCCUAACGAUGAUGUUGGGUUGUCUUACUGGUAUAAGCUGAAUUUUGGAAACAUGAUUGAAACAAUUGCCUCAGGAAGUUUUGACAAAAUAUCACUAAAGGGAAAAUUUACCAACUCAAGAUUCAAUGCCACAAAAGUGGGUGAUAUGUAUUCUCUUACCAUAACAAAUGCAAGCAAAGAAGAUGAAGCGACAUACUUAUGCCAAGGAGGAACGGCAUACAUAAUAGAAUUUUUUAAUAGCACGCUUUUGGUCGUGGAUGAUACAAAAACGCUGCAGAAAUCUGUCACCGUGAAACAAACUUCAGACGUGGAGUCUGUACAUUUGGGAGAUACGAUGACUCUGCAGUGUUCGCUCCUCUCUGAGAACAAAGAUGACACAGAUCAGUGUCCAGAUGAAGACAAAGUGCACUGGGCAAAAGGUGCAUCAGACGUCCAUCCAGGCGUCAUUUACCACGGCAGUCUCAGAAAUAAAGAGGACGGGAGAUGUGACUACAGUCUGUCCAAAACUGUAACAAACUCAUCUGAUGCUGGGACGUACUACUGUGCUGUGGUGACAUGUGGACAGAUCCUGUUUAGUGAAGGAACUGUGGUUGAGAUAGGACAAAAGUGGGACCCAGUUGUCAUUGUGCUCGGCAUGCUGCUGGCUCUCUGUGUGAUUGUGAUCGCAGUUCUUAUUUUAUCCCGACACUAAAGGUUUUUCUUGCUUUGCUUUCUUAAAUUUAGAACAUCCAUGAUUUUUGGAACCAGAAUAUCAAAGAAAACAUUGUAGACAACAAAUUUUAAUCCAAGGGCCGUUGUAUUGAAUUAAUAAAACGGAUUAUGAAAUUAUUCCUUUUUAUACUCAUAUUGGCUUCAUUAAUGAAAACAUAUAAAAGGCCCAUGUCAUAGCAUAAUAC